AUGACACGUGAUAUUAUUGAUAUACCAACAAUAUUUAAUCCAACAACAAAUAAUAAUAAUGAACAACAACAACAACAGCAACAAAUCACUGCAAGUAGACCACAACAAGUACAUCGUACACCAAGUGUUGUUAUAACUGUUGGAGAUGAUGACGAUGAUAUUACAAAUAUAAAUCAUAAUAUUAUUGAUAAUAGUAGUCAAUCAUUUGCAACAAGAAUUAAUCAGCAUCAACAUCAAAUACAUCAUACGGAUUCUGUACUUAGCAGUCAAUUAAAUCAACAUGAACAACAUAACGAUUCACAACAAAUUAAUGCAAAUGGUGCAAGCAAUACAGUUAAUAAUAAAAUAAAAAGUUGUACAAAUUCAUGUUGUUCAAAAUCAGCACGUAAAAUAUAUUUUGGUGUAUGUGUAACAAUAUGUGUAACAGCAUCAUGGGUUGGUGCUACACAUUGUAUUAAAUAUUUAUAUUUACCAACAAAACCAACAAUUACAACAACAACAACAAUUAAUAAUGAUAAAUCAAUUUCAACAUCAAUAAUACAUCAAACAUAUAUAUUUACUUAUAAUGCACCAUUAUUUACAACAUGGUUUUGUACAAAUUGGACAAUAUUAUUUUUUCCAUUAUAUUAUUUAUAUCAUUUAAUUGCUACAACACAUUGUCAAAAGAAAUCAACUGCAAUUAACAACCAAUCAACAAAUAACAAUAACAAUAAUCAUAAUUUAUUUACUGAUAGUAUACGUAACUUUCGAGAACGUGGCUUUACGUUUGGUAGUUUUAUAAUACGUUGUAUAUUAUUUUGUAUAUUAUGGUUCGGUACUAAUUACAUGUACAUAUUAUCUUUACGAAUUUUAUAUGCAACGGAUGUUAUGGCACUAUUUGCUACAAAUGUGGCAGAUGUUUAUUUAUUAUCGUGGGUUAUAUUACAUGAACAAUUUGUUGGAGUUCGAAUUGUUGCUGUUAUAUUAAUUGAUACUGGUAUUGCAUUAUUAGCAUACAUGGAUGGUAUCACUGGUAGUCCUACAUUAAGUGGAGUUGUUUUAGCUGCUGGUGCUGCUGCGGGUUCAGCAGUAUAUAAAGUUUUAUUUAAAAAAGUGAUUGGUGAUGCUACAUAUGAACAAGUAGCUUUAUUUUUUUCAAUCAUUGGUUUAUUAAAUUUAUUAUUACUAUGGCCUCUAUGUCUUACAUUAUAUUUUACUGGAAUUGAGAUUAUAUAUUGGAAUCAAUUACCAUGGGCCAUUUUACUAUUAGCAAGUAUUUUAUCAUUAGUUGCGAAUUUAUUAGGUAAUUUUAGUGUUGCAUUAACAUAUGAUUUAUUUAUAACACUUGGUUUAAUUACUGCUGUACCGUUAUCAGCUGCUUUAGAUGUUGUAUUAUAUGGUGCACAUUUUGCUGGUAUGAAAUUAUCUGGUAUAAUAUUAAUAGCAGUUGGUUUCUUUUUAGUUAUGUUUCCAGAUAAUUGGCCAGACUAUAUAACACGUUUAUUACGAAAUAUAAUAAUGUUGAGUCACAGCGCAAGAUGGAGUAGACGCCAUCGUGCAGGUAUGCAAGGUGCACAAGGACGUAGAGAUGUUAUCGAUUAUCGAACUGGUUAUAUACGAUCACAUUUACGAUCACCAUCAGGUCGUGUAAGAUGACAACAUUCAAUCAAUAAUGCAACAAAUAAUAUUUGUAGUAAUUCAAACACCUGUAAUAGCAAUAAUAUUGAACAAAUCAUUUCGUACAUUUAGGUUGAGUUUUUCAAUUGAAGCUCAAGCUCGAGUUAAGUUAAGCCGAAGCCUAAGCUCAAAAAUCAAUUUUUCAAUUGAUGCUCAAGAAAUGCGCUAGCAUAAAUAGGUGUCUAAUUGAGGAUUAACUUCUUAGCCAUUGUUAGAUUAAGUGUGAUUUUUUGCGGCUUUAGUUAUCAUAUUAUUGAUUAGGAAAACAAUUAACCGACUCGAUUAGGAUAACAUUGAUCCAUGAACCGAAUGUUAUUUGUGUAAUCGAAAUGGUCAAACUUCAAUUAUUAAUCUUUUCCUCUGUGACACGAGGUAUUUUUAUAAUAUUAAUACCAUAGAAAUGAAAUAGCAAACAUAUUAAAAAUGUUCAUUUAAAAAGCUGACGGCGAUUUUCUCAAUCACUACAUUUCUACCCACCACAUUUUUACCUCUUAACAAAACUUUUGUCAAAAAAGGAUGAUUUUUAAUAGAUCCCCCCCUCAUCGUAGGGUUAUAGCACCAAUCAAAAAAUACUCCAAAGAACAGUAUAAAUGGUGGCUAUUUGUUUUUUCCGCACAAAACUUCACGACAUUUUUUUUAAUAAAAAAUUAUUAAAAUGACUUAGAUUAACCUAGCCUUUUAAGCCACCGUUCAAAAUCAAUUGAAAGGCAAAGUGCAGUGUCAGCUAAAAGAUAAGCCAAGCCAAGGCUUAAGCUUCCAUUGAAAAA